GCUGCCAGGCAGGGACCUCACUGCCCCAUAGGCACCCUGUUCCCUCCUCCUCCCCAGGACUGCUUCUUACUCUGGCACAGAGGCUGCCCAGGUACCUCCCCACCACGCCCCCUGGAAGCUGCCAGGGCCCGUCCAACCGGAGAUGCUGCUCCUGAACUGCUCCUCCAAGCUGCAUCAACUGGAGGUGACACUGAGGAGGCGCCUACCUGAGACAUUGCAGGUCUACGGUGCUGUCAGGACCAUAAAUCGCGGGAACCCGGUCGCACAAGAGGUGCUGGUGGAUUCAUGGCCAGACUUCAAAGCCAUCCUCACCGGGCCACGCAAAGAGCAGGUGGCAUUGGACAGCUCUGACUUCUACACCAGCAUGUAUGCAGGAUACUACCGGGACCUGGGUGCCUACCGGGAGCUGCUGAGCAGGGCUGUCAACUGGGAUCACGCCUUCUGUAUCCAUGGGCUCCGUGACGGGCUGUACGAAGCCUCCAGGGACAUUGCCAAGGACAAGGGGGUCAAGCUGGAAGUGUUCCGCUAUUUCGCUUACUUCCACCCGGAUCCCAGCUCCAUACCCGAGAUCCGGCUGGAUCCGAAUAUGAGGCUCUCAACCCUGGAUGUCUCCCACCUCGACGUGAUGAACGAGAACUGGCCCUAUGGGGGGAACAAGUACAGCAGGAGGUUCAUGGACAGCCUGAUCCGCCACUUCCCGAACUUCUGCCUCCUAGACUCCGCUGGCCAGCUGGUCAGCUGGAGUAUUUCAGACACGUAUGGAGCCAUGGGUCGUAGCGUCACUGUGCCCCAGCACCGGGGGCGCGGUUACAACGGGGUGCUGAAUAAUGUAUUAGCCAAGCGGCUCCAUGCACUAGGCUAUCCCAGCUACGGCCACGUGGCCGUGGACAACUACACCAUGCAAAGGCUGCAAGAGCGGCAAGGCUUCCACCGCCAGCCCAACUUGUGCCACUUCAUCCUCCACAACGCAGCGCUGUACAGAACCCCCACGCUAACCCCCAAGCCAGGACCAGCCACAACCCCCGCGUGAGUCCCCAGCCUAGCCAUUAAGGGGCUCAGGGAAACCCAGGGCAGGGGGUGGAAGAACCUGGGGACCAGUAUUACACCCAGUGGAACCAGUAACAUCUCCCAGCUACAGCCCCACGGGGGAUCUGCUACUCUUCUGAGGUUCGUAACCUGCCCUCCUUGGUAGAAGCUACCCCCCCAGCCCAUACACACAGCACCCCAUCCCACUUCCCCUGCAUUGCCCCACCCCACUUCCUCUGCCAGACACCCCAGCCACAGCUCAAUGAUCUUCCAUCCAAUCAAGCUAAGUAUUCACCUGCAUUUGCUCUGCUUCUCCUCCCUUGCAUUCCCUGGGGUAGCCUGCUCCCCAUAUUACAUCUAACUAUUCUCCAGAUGUAUCAGCCUCUGUGAGACAUCUCCAAUCUCCCUCUAUACUCCCCCAUCACAUCUCUGCCUGGGGCAGCCUGCACUCAUCAGAUCUAUCCUGAUCCCCUAGAUGAUACAGAUACCACAGUUUUAAACAGGGUGGGAAGGGGCCGUGCAAAAUUGGUCUCCAGUAAGUAACAUCUCCUUGAGAGGGGUGUGCUGGGCCUCAAGGUCAAGUCUGUCUCAGUAACUCAAGGGUUAAAUAUGACCCGGGGAUGCUCAUCAUCCUCAAACCAAACUUCACUGUCCCCCAGGACUCCUUACCUGAGGUUACACCCAAAAGCAAUCCAGACCUGUUCAAUUCAGCACCAAUCAGCCAAGGCACCCACAUUCCCUUAACUCCACGCACUGUCAUUGGCUGAUAGUAGGAACCAUUUCAUGCUUUGUGAUCCCAGCUGCAAUUAAACUGAUUGCUACAGACA